AUGUCUUCUGAUGGUACUCAACUCUGGGGCUCAGGUAAUGUGACCCAAGGCCUCGGAACCGAUCAGGUGUCGUUUGAUCUGCCUUCCUACGACACAGGCCAAACCUACGAGCAGGGCGCGUCAGGAAACAACCAAACCAUCUUUGGUCGUGCAAUUCCUAACCCAUACGGAACUGCUCCAAAUAACAUGUGCACCCCGCAAGAACCAACUGGCCAUAGGUUUACUUGGAACAACAAUAUGUUGGAUGCCAGCGUACAGGCUUCACUCCCGGGUGCCAAUGAACCGUCGACUGAAGUGACAUCUAUGCCAGUGCUUAAUGGAUCUACAAUAGAUGUCGCACCAACCUCAAACGUGAACGCAAUUCAAACACGACCACAGACAGUCGAACCAAAUACGUUCAACCACCCCCAGAAUGUGCCUUCGGGCGCCCUCCGGCAGACUCAGGUUCACCCUCCCUUGAUUGCUCCCAGCCCGGGUUGCCCUCGCGCAACGGGUCUUGAGUUUGUGGAAUGGCGAUCCGACCCGGGGUUGUUUGUGCCUCAGCAUCCACGGCCAAUCGAGUUUACCCAGUUUACCCAGUUUCCACAGACUAGAGACUCGGGUGAUUCCUUGAUCUCAAUUCAACCCCCCGAUCCAGCAUUUAUGCAGGCGCAGCUUCGUCCGAACCCUUUCUAUCUUGGCACUGCAGCAUAUGCUCCUGGAAUUACUGGAGUAAACCCACACACUCGGGUUUGGUCCUCAACGGGAACAAGUCUUGCCUUCUCAUCCGCUCGUGAUAGAGCUGCAGCAGCAUUCUCGAGGCCCUCCUAUCUCAAUUCGCCCGUACCCUCUGGGUCCCCAGGAGUCCCUUAUUACCGGUCUCGCCGCCCCAGGAAUAGGCAUGGACCAGCUCAAGGUUUCGACUCCGCUGGGGGUUCCAGCAGCAACCACGUCUCUCGCCAGGCAAUUCCAAAAGGACUGGAUGAUCCGUUAGAUAAACGCCCUGAACCGAAGGAAACGGCCGAGAUGACUCUCAACAUGGAGUGCAAAGUCUGCAUGAGUCAAACGGUGGAUACAGCCGUUUUCCCCUGCGGACAUGCUAUGUUCUGUCGCUGGUGUGCGGAAAAGUGCAUGCCGUCGCAUCGUCAUGAUAAGAGCCGUGUUAAGGAUUCCUCUCGUUGCCCGGUGUGUCGUAGUGUUGUACGACAGAAG